AUGCCUGGUUCAGACAGCAAUGGCACAUCGAACACUGUGGAUUCUGUGACCAUGUUUACAAUCAGCAGGAUGCAGACAACUCCAAUGCAGUCCUUCAACAAUUCUGGAAGAAAUGGAACCUUCUAUCUGACAAUUACAGAGGAAUCAAGGCUCACCGGUUUUCUUAUUGGUUCUAAUUUUCUGGAAGGUGAUCAGUCGAAGGAUGGACUUCGCUGGGCAGCACUAUUGAUUUUACUAGUGAUCAUACCCACAAUUGGAGGCAAUAUACUUGUUAUUUUAGCAGUUUCGCUUGAGAAGAAACUCCAAAAUGCCACCAACUACUUUCUCAUGUCACUUGCAGUAGCAGACAUGUUAGUUGGACUCCUGGUGAUGCCCAUCGCUCUCCUAAACACACUGUUCAAUUCUGAGUGGCCUUUACCCUCUGCAAUAUGUCCUAUCUGGAUCUUCCUGGAUGUUCUUUUAUCCACAGCGUCAAUUAUGCAUUUGUGUGCCAUCUCACUCGACCGUUAUAUUGCUAUUAAAAAGCCUAUUCAGCACAGUCGCUUCAAUUCCAGGGCAAAGGUUCUCAUUAAAAUCACAGUAGUAUGGUUCAUCUCAAUUGGUAUUGCUGUUCCUAUUCCCAUCAAAAGCUUCCAGGAAGAAACAAACACCCUAGUGAACAAAACCUGCGCACUCAAAAUUGACACAUUUAAAAAUUUUAUGAUCUUUGGAUCAAUGGCUGCAUUUUUCAUUCCCCUUGCCAUCAUGAUUGUUAUCAACGUUUUGACGAUUCACGUGUUGAGAAAGAAGGCACAUUUGAUCAAAGCCAAAACAUCCCAUCAUUUUAACUGGACUACUGUCUCAACCAUUUUUCAGCAAGAUCUCACACCCACCAAGUUUCCUGAAAAGGUGGCAAUGCUCAAUGGUUCACAGAAGGACAAGACAUUUCCCUGCACACUCGAGAACAUACCCAUCAGAAGGCUCUCCACCUUGGGGAAAAAGUCCAUGCAGUGUAUCAGCAAUGAGCAGCGAGCAUCUAAAGUUUUAGGAAUUGUAUUCUUCUUAUUUCUAGUGAUGUGGUGCCCAUUUUUUGUAACUAAUGUCACUUGUGCCCUCUGCAAGAGCUGUGAUCAGGAACUUCUUGGAACACUGAUCGACAUUUUUGUCUGGGUGGGUUAUGUCUCCUCGGGAGUCAACCCAUUCGUCUACACUCUUUUCAACAAGAUAUUUCGUGAGGCAUUUAGCUGCUACAUUACAUGCAAAUAUGUAAGAAAAAAGGAUAUUAAAAUACUCAGAAAAUAUUCCAGCCGGAUAUCAUUUCGAACAUCAAUCAAUGAAAACUCCAAAUUAUUCAUGAGACACAACACAAAAAAUGGACAUAACCCAAUGUAUACUAGUCCUCUGCGACUACGAUCCGCCCCUGUUCAAACAACAUCAGUAAUGCUGGACACAUUAUUACUUGCUGAAAAUGAGAUGGACAAAGCAGAAGAAGCAAUUAGCUACGUGUAA